AUGGAUUGGAAUUAUAAAAUUUUCGUCGUAGGGGACUUGCGAGUGGGUAAAACGUGUUUGGUAAAGCGGUUUUUCAAAAAAUCUUUUUCCGUCAAUUACAUCUGCACCAUGGGCAUGGUCUUAUCUUCCAAAACGAUGAAUGUAUCACGAAUAAGAACUAGGAUAAAUGUAUUUGAUAUGUCAGGAGCAGAACUGUUUAAAUCUAUUUGGUCAAUUCAUUAUAAAAACGCUGUGGGAGUUGUACUCGUUUACGACAUCACGAAACUAGAAUCAUAUGAAAAUAUGUUAAAAUGGUACAGUGAUGUUUCAAUUCAAGUCAAUCCUUCUGCUGUUUUUAUUCUAGUUGGAAAUAAAAGUGACUUGGAAAUGAAUCGAGAGGUUCCAACAGAACUGGCCAAAAACUUUGCAAAAUCUCAUGACUUUUUAUUUAUGGAGACAUCAGCUUUAAAGGAUGAGAACGUACGCCAAGUUUUUCAAGAAUUAUCUUUGGAAAUCCAAUCUUUUAAUCUUGGAUGCAUUUAUCAUUUGGAAAAUCAGAGUCGCAGUACUGUUAACGCCAGUUCACUUGUCAAUGUGAAACCAUAUCCUCGACCCAAGCUAAUAACUAAGCCACGGGAGUGUUGUCCAUAUAGCUGUUGGAAAAUACUGCUGUUCGGGUAA